AUGCAGGCGCCUGUGGUCGUUAUGAAUACGCAGACCCCUGGUGGGGAGCGCCAGUUCGGUCGCAAAGCUCAGAUCUCGAACAUCACAGCAGCCAAGACCGUUGCAGACAUCAUCCGGUCAUGUCUGGGCCCCAAGGCCAUGCUGAAGAUGCUGCUCGACCCCAUGGGCGGCAUCGUCCUCACCAACGACGGCCACGCUAUCCUCCGAGAAAUCGAAGUCGCACACCCCGCAGCAAAGAGCAUGAUUGAGCUUAGCCGGACACAAGACGAGGAGGUCGGUGACGGCACCACCACUGUCAUUAUCUUGGCUGGCGAGAUCCUUGCACAAGCCCUGCCCCAGCUCGAGCGCAACAUCCACCCCGUUGUCGUCAUCCAAGCUUUCAAGAAGGCCUUGGCCGAUGCUCUCGAGAUUGUCAACGAGAUUGCGACCGAGGUCGACGUAAACAACGACGAGGAGAUGUACAGAAUCAUCAACUCGUCGAUUGGCACAAAGUUUGUCUCGAGGUGGUCAAAGCUGAUGUGCGGCCUGGCACUCAAGGCUGUCCGCACAGUCUCGACCGAGAUGGGAGGCAAGAAGGAAGUCGACAUCAAGCGCUACGCACGCAUUGAGAAGAUCCCUGGUGGUGAGAUCGAGGACAGUGAGGUCUUGGACGGCGUCAUGGUCAACAAGGACAUCACACACCCCAAGAUGAGGCGGAGGAUCGAGAAUCCCAAGGUCUUGCUCCUGGACUGCACGCUGGAGUACAAGAAGGGUGAAAGCCAGACAAACAUCGAGGUCAGCAAAGAGGAGGACUGGAACAGGAUAUUGCAGAUCGAGGAGGAGCAAGUCAAGGCUAUGUGCGACGCUAUUAUCGCUCUGAAGCCCGAUCUCGUCAUCACAGAGAAGGGUGUCAGCGAUCUCGCACAGCAUUUCCUCGUCAAGGCCGACAUCACAGCUAUUCGCCGUGUUCGCAAGACAGACAACAACCGUAUCGCACGAGCCACCGGGGCCACCAUCGUCAACUCCGUCUUCGCCGCAACCGCCUCCGACCUUGGUACACAGUGUGGUCUUUUCGAAAUCUCCAAGCUUGGCGACGAAUACUUCACCUACCUCACAAAGUGCAAGGACCCUAAGGCCUGCACGAUUCUGUUGCGCGGACCCUCGAAGGACAUACUGAACGAGAUCGAGCGCAACCUGCAUGAUGCUAUGGGUGUCGCCAGGAACGUUAUCUGGAACCCCAAGCUGUGCCCCGGUGGUGGUGCGACCGAGAUGGCAAUUGCUGUCGGGUUAGAGAGGAGAGCAAAGCUCAUUGAGGGUGUUGCACAGUGGCCAUACAAGGCAAUCGCCGAGUCUAUGGAGGUUAUUCCCCGCACCAUCAUUCAGAACUCAGGAAACAGCCCUAUCAAGGUCCUCACACAACUACGUGCAAAGCAUGCAGAAGCAUAUGAGGAUGGCAAGGCUACCGGCAGCUUCUGGGGCAUCGAUGGCGAUGCAGGAAAGGUCGUCGACAUGCGUACUUACGGUGUCUGGGAGCCCCUCGCCGUCAAGGAGCAGAGCAUCAAGACUGCCAUCGAGAGCGCCUGCCUGCUCUUGAGGGUCGACGACAUUGUUGCUGCGAAGGCGGCCAAGCAGGUCAGCGGGCCCAUCGGUGGUGGAGGAGAUGAUUAA